AUGUCGUACUUCUUCGCGACCCCCGUCGACAUCGAUGUCGUGCUUGACGAUACCGACGACCGCUCCAUGGUCGAUGUCAAGCUCGACAAGAACCGCCGCGAGAAGGCGCCGCUCUUCAUGGACGGCGAGUCCGUCAAGGGCGCCGUCACCGUCCGCCCCAAGGAUGGCAAGAGACUGGAGCACACCGGCAUCAAGGUCCAGUUCAUCGGCACCAUAGAAAUGUUCUUCGACCGUGGUAACCACUACGAAUUCCUCUCCCUCAACCAAGAACUCGCUGCCCCCGGCGAGCUGCAACACCCGCAGACCUUCGACUUCAACUUCAAGAAUGUCGAGAAGCAGUACGAGUCGUACAACGGCAUCAACGUCAAGCUGCGCUACUUUGUCCGCGUCACCGUCUCCCGCCGCAUGGCCGACGUCAUCCGCGAGAAGGAUAUCUGGGUCUACAGCUAUCGCAUCCCCCCGGAGAUGAACAGUAGCAUCAAGAUGGAUGUCGGCAUCGAGGACUGCCUGCACAUUGAAUUCGAGUACAGCAAGAGCAAGUACCACCUCAAGGACGUCAUCGUUGGCCGCAUCUAUUUCCUCCUGGUCCGCCUGAAGAUUAAGCACAUGGAACUGUCCAUCAUCCGGAGGGAGACCACCGGCGCUGCUCCCAACCAGUACAAUGAGAGCGAGACCCUGGUGCGCUUCGAGAUCAUGGAUGGCUCACCGUCGCGCGGCGAGACCAUUCCCAUCCGACUAUUCCUCGGAGGCUUUGACCUGACGCCCACCUUCCGUGAUGUCAACAAGAAGUUCUCCACCCGCUAUUACCUCAGUCUCGUCCUCAUCGACGAAGACGCCCGACGAUACUUCAAGCAGUCGGAAAUUAUCCUUUACCGCCAGGCCCCUGACGCUGUGCCCAACACUGGCGCCGGCACCCAGCAACUACAUGCACCCCCAGAGAAUAAGCUAGCCGCAAUUCAGGCCUAA